AUGUUACAAAAUGCAACAAAUAGUAGUAGUAAUAGCAGUAGCGGUAGUGGCAGGAGUGGCGGCAAUAAUAAAAGCAAUGAGGGUGAAGAUGGUGGUACUGAUGGGAGUAAUGGUGGUGCUAGUGUUGGUGGUAUUGAUGGUGGUGGUGAUUGUGGUGAUAGUGGUGGUGGUGGUGGUGGUUGUGGUGGUGGUGGAGCUUUUCAACCGGUUAAACCUCGAUCCAUGGGAAAUUCAUCACCUGUGGCAUUAUGUGUUGAAUCAACGACAAAAACGGAUGAAUCGGUGGUUGUGGCUCGACGUUAUAUCGAUGAAAUGGCUGUUGAUUCUUCCACUCCAACUACCACUACAACUGAACGGCGCAAAAAAAGCCUUAUAAAGACGGAAGAAAAUGCCGGAAUGAGUCAAGCUAGUAUUGCGGAACGUUAUUCAAUUGCUAAAAGUAAUGUUUGCCGAAUUUUGCAACGGAAACAUGAAUAUCUUCGAGCAUAUGAAUGGGCUGGUUUUGCUGGAUCACGAAAACGUAAACUUCGUGGUGAUCCACAACAGCAUCAUCAUCAUCAACAAUCACGUGGGAGUACCAGAGAUUUCAAUAAUUUUCAAACUUUAAAAAUGACAAAUACGACAAAUUGCACCAUAUCCCAUAAUCAUCCAACAAAUUACGUGGAAAUGGCGACAUCAAGUAGUACUGAACAAGCAACUGACGAUAACCAUCCGAUUGUACUACAACGUCCUACAACGAUCAUACAACGGGGUAAUAUCAUUUGUAUUUAUUUCAACAUUUGCCUUAGAUAUCCUUGCAAUUAA